AUGCGAUCAUCUUCGUCAAUUGAACGAAUCCACGAACGUCCCAUGUCAUCUGAAUCGACAGCGAAUUCUUCAUCUAUCCCGAUUAUUCAAUCUAAUAAUAAUCUUCAAAUUGAUAUGAACUCCGAAAUGACUGAUUCUGGAGUCUUCUUGUCUCCAAUCAUUUCGCCUCAACCAGAAUCCUUUUUGGAAGAGCAACGCUUUGUUCUAUCAUCUGAUUCUGAUAUAUCAUUAACACAAUCAUUAGAGCAACACAAGUAUUCUAAUAAUCCAUAUGAAAACUCGUGUGAUAGCUCAUCGUUAGAGGAAGAAUCGGAAGAUGAAUACUCAUCAGAUGAAUACAGUCAGACGACGUCACAUCAUCAGAAUACUGAGAGAGUUGAAAAUAGAAUAUUAUCAUCAAUUCUCAGUUCGUCCAAUAUUGCUUCUGCUCUAUCAUUUCUUAUUUCUGAUCCCAUUCAAUUGAUAGCAGAAGAUUCUAUAGCUGUUCUUGGACUACAAAUAGCCACUAUGGUUUGUAUGGCUUGUAGUUCUUGUUGUUGUUGUUCAUGUCGUUGUUCACGUUAUCGUACAUCUGGCUCAGCUUCAUCUGCGGAAUACGAUGUUGAGCCAGCGUCUUCGUCAGCAUCAACGUCUUCGUCUACGCCUGGUUUCAUUGGUCAUUCUGCGUGUACUGUCCGAACGUCAAAUGCAUCGUCUACAUCAUAUAAAUCGCGAUUAAUUGGAAAACGACGACGUACAUCAAGGGUUAUCAAUGAUUUUCACCAAAAAUCAACUGAUUCCUCUGAUGACGUUGAUCGUAUCCUUUAUACGCCGCCUGUUGACGUUUCUAUUCCGUUACCAUAUAUUGAUAUUGAUGGGACUGAUCCCGAUUGUUGCAGAACCAAACGGAAACCCGGCUUUCGCCCACUUCGACGAUCCAGUGCACCAGCAAGCGGUCUUGCCGCAGGAUCUUUAGAAGAAGUUUCCAACGAACAGCGACCAAAAACAAAAGGAAAAAUGGAGAGGCCAGGGUUCUUCCAAAGAUGGUUCGGAGGAGGAGGACCAGAAUCUGAACAACAACAACAACAACAAGACACAAGAGGACGACAAAUUCAACGAGAAAGACGAUCUCCUACAAGGGAUGAAGAUGACUAUGCGACAAUUGAUCGAAUCCGAUAUGGAAAGCGAGAAUUAUCCAUGCCAGCCUCACCUCGAAGCGUUCACUUCGUGGAUGAUUCAGGUCUUAAUAGAGCGCAUUUACAAUACAGACCUCGGGGCGUAGGUAAUCCUCGUGGACCAGGAUCUCGAUCUAUUCAAACCUCACUUAACGAACUUGACCAAGCAACUCUUGAUCUGCUUAAACUAUCAUCUGAACCAGAACGUAAACGGCAGCAUACAGCUUUUAAUAAUUCCAAACGGGUAAACACAAAUGCGGAUCAUUUGCAAAAAGCUGCUUCAACUAGUUCAGUUAAUCGAUAUAUCAAAACUCAAGACGGAGGUCAAUUGAAAGCUUCAAACGUUUUCACAUGGGAUGCAAAUCAAAGUGGAAGAUCAGAAUCCGAACACGAUCUUUCUGAUGCUGAGCAUUAUAGAUCGGUCGGUUUAUCCCCUCAGGCUAUUCGAAGAAAUGAGCAAAUUCACACCAAAACGAAUACAAUUCCUGUCCGUCAAACGGAAGCGGUUGUAGAAUAUGAAGAAGAACGAAAACUACCUCCUGUUGUUCGAACAACGGUUGAAGGCAAGCUUAAAAUGGAAAAAAUUGUUGGAGCUGACUUGAUUACUGUCGAUAGUUGCAUUUCCAGCGCUUGGACAGUCAAAGACACUGUAACUAACUAUAAGAUCAAAACAACAAUUGGAAAGAAAAGUAUCAUCUUAGAAGAAGUCAAAGAUGGUCAAUCGAAAUACAAAAUCACUCUCAUUGAGAAUGGUCAAACGAAAAUGGAAAGAGAAGCGAAUUUGGAUGUUCCAGACUUUAUGAACAAGAAAGAUUAUCUUGCUGAAGUUGGACAGCGUCUUCUACAAGAUCUUCGUGAAGACGGAGAAGAUGUCUCUGCUGUAACUCAUGUGGAAAUUGAAGUUAUUGAAGAUGUUACAAACAUUCUCAAAACCUAUGUUAUCGGUGAACGUGCUGAUGAUUGGUUAGAAGAACCUGUACCACAGCUUCAUUAUGAAGAAACAGCUGAUAAUACGCCACCACCGGUUGAAAAAGUCGAAAAGCUCUAUGUUGACGAAUUUGAUAAAGCCGACGAAGAGCUUGUCGAUCCUGAAAAGGCUGAUAUUCAUUUGGAAAGAGACGGAAAGCAUUAUGAUGGGGAAACAUCAUUACGACGAUUACGACGACUUGAAACAAGUGAUUCUAUUGAAAGUCGUGCAACUGUCGAACCUCGAUGUUCUCAUGCAUUUGCUGACUGCGAUUUGGUACGUAAUGAGGACAGCUCUAACUAUACUGUACGUAUUGCUGUUCCUCUUCUACAUGCCAUUUCCCUUCUGCUCAAGCGACGACCUUUACAACGACAACAAAAAGCUGUUCAAGAAAUUGUUGAAGAGCAAAAGGUUGUGGUUGCUGAAGAGAAGCCAAAGGAAGAAAAGGUUGAUGAACACCGGGCUAAAGUUAUACAAGAAAUGACUCAAAUAACUGAGUUUGAAGAAAUUCGAAUUGAAAGUCGAUCUGCUCGUGAAGAACAACCAAAACAGAAGAAAGAGCCACGUGAAGUUGAAGCUGAAGGAGCUAACUAUGAAAUGCUCCAAGAUGGUCAACGAUUUACUGGCGACACCGUUAUCCGUCGUCAAGGACGCGCUGCUGACUCUGAAUCUUCUGAAGAACUUCCUCCACCUAAAAAGAUCACUCAGUUUAUCGAAAGAGAAGCUGAAGGUGGACAAUACGAACUUGAAGUGGAAGGAAUUAAUAUUCGUGGAGAGACUCACUUACGGCGAGGCGGAAACAAACGAUAUGAAUCAGAAUCAGACGAAUCAGUUCAAUGGAACAAUGGAUCUCCUACCUUAGUCGACUUGAUCAAGAAGGAAUCCAGUUCUUACUUUGAAGUUUCUUUGGAAACUCCAAACAAUUCUGAACCACUUGAGAUGAAUGUGAAACGAGCUGUUAUGAAGAAGGAAACAUGCGAUGUUAGCUGUAGCUUAAUGCAGCCAACAACAGAUUCUGAAGAAGCUAGUGGAACAAUGAAGGACAUCAAUCGUUGGUCCGAAACGUAUAAUGGACGCGAACUCGGCGAAGAAUACGUUACAGUUGCAUUCGGUUUACAAAACCUUCUCCAAUCUUCUCAAAUUGCUCAAGAAACGGAGAAAAACCUGUCUGCUAUUGGUCAAGCUUCCGCUACUGGCCGUUUCCGCGAAAUGCGCGAAGAACAAGCUGUACUUAUGUACGGAUUUGAGAAUAGCCUGAAAAACAAAGCUCGUGCUGAAGCAGAGCACGUAUCAGCUGAGAAGCUGAAACAAACAAUAUCCUUUUAUGCCGCCGCUGCUGAGCUGGAACAGAUCGAGACUACGUGCACUAUUGCCCCAUCCGAUGCCGAGACUGGUCGCGCUGGUGUUGAAACAACACGAGCAAUGCCGCUCGUCUACACUCUGGCAGGUACGUUACUUGAGAGUUCGUCAGAGCAAGCGACUAGUUGUCUGUUCCUUCAAAAAGACCCAGGCACUAAUCAGCAUCUGAUAGCUGUUGAGGGUACGGUUCGUGAUCGGGAUAGUCAACGGGUAGAAAUGGGCUGUUGGGCUAGCCAAGAGCGUACAAUUAAUUCUCAGCAAGCUAUUGCCCGUAGUCUUAGUCAACCAAGUAGUUUGAACACCGAGAAGAGAUUAAAAACUUCUCAUAACCAAUCUACAACCUGGCGUGGUUGGGCUUCUGAAGACCAUCAUACCACCACAACAUGCCAAUUGGUUGGUCGAUCUUGUCAAACAGCUCAAGCAGCGGUGCGUCUUAACGAUCGACAGAAAACAUAUGUCGAUGCCGAUGUGGCUGAAUUUGGAAAUGCUCAUGAGACGUGUGCCGUCAUGCUGAAGAAUACCGGAGGAGUUUACGGAACAACGUCAGCUAACUUAGCUGAAACAGUGACAGGUGGGUCAUCCGCUGCUGCCUUCACAAGCAACAGCGCUUUGUCUUCUUCUUCUUCCUCUUUCUUCAAUUCAUUCGCAUCCUCUCAAAGUCAAUUUUCUUCUGAAUCCCUUUACUCAGCGCGAUUAGAUAAAAACUGGCAUUUACCUUGCUUUCGAACAAUGUUGCCGGCGACGGCUGAUACGCGCGUAACUUUGCCCCAAGCGGCCACAACCAGCUCUGCCUCUUUCCACCUGAAAUCCCUUUCUGAGCACCACCGACGUCAACCGGAAGAGACGUUCCAGCAAGAGCUUCGUCUUCGUAGACGUGAGCAACUUUCUGAAACGACUGUCUGGCUUGUCUUCCGUCAACAAUUGGCUAAUUAUCAAAGAGCACGAUUACUAAUUGAAACAGACGAACGACUGUAUUCGAAAUCGGAAUACAGAGAAAUGUCAAAAACUAGCUUGAGCAGAAGCAGUAGCAGCACAAUGACAACUCAAACUAUGUUCGAGACAAAAGGACAGCAAACAGAUUAUCAAGAUGAGAUGAAACUCAAUGAAGACUAUCAGAUGUAUCAAAGUCAAGAGCAGUAUCAGCAGCAUCAGCAGUUGCAGCAAACCAGCCAUCAUCAAGAUGUUCAAAGCUCAAUCAAUCAACCUCAACCUCAAUCUUCAUCAACACCUUCAAUCAAUGAUGUAGCCGUUGAAAUUCUACAAAUCGACAAUUCCAUUCAUGCUGAACGAACCAAUCAAACACGAUCAUCAAUUCCAAGAGAAGAAUGUGCUCUCAAAGCUCAACAAUCGCAAGAAGAAUCUACACAUACAUUCAUUUCAUCCGAUUCGUCAUGUCAAGGUGUGAGACGAACACUCCAACUCAAAAACCUUUCCUAUGACUCAAAAUCCAUGGAUGCCUCCCAAGACGCCCACUCUCACGAUGAGUUCCAACUUACUCAACGAGAUGGUGCUAACAGUUCUGACCGAGUCAUUCCUUUGACUUCCAAAGAUUCAACCAACAGCAGCUUCGCCAUCUCAGAAGGAGAAUUAUCCACUUCCUUCACUCAUCCAAACCAAGCUGGCUCCACUGGCUCCAGUUCUUCUGAUCUGGUUGACAGUACAGGUGAGAAGGUCAAUGCUUCGUACAAUGAGUUCGGCACAGCAUCAGUUGGUACAUCUGGUUCAGUUGGAACCAUCACAGCUCCUGUUCCACAAGCUGCUGAAUCUCAGCACGUAUUCUCCACAAAUACGUUGAACAAGCAAUCAUUGCAUACCAUGGCAUCUUCUGUUGAAGAUUCGACGGUGACUUCUAAUCUGAUGAGAAGUCCUGGAACGCAUGAAGCUAAGCUUGACGCGACUAUCGCUUCCAAAGAAGGAACUGUUGGAAGCUUCCUCGAGUCAGGAGAUGUCUCUACCAGUGUUGGCUUCACUGAAAUGAAAAAGCAAGAAUUGAUAGAGUCGCAUGUCAAGCUGCAGGAAACUAACAGAUCUGGUGCUUCGAUCAGAUCUAAAGAAGUUUCCGAAGAAUCAGCUUCAACUGUUAUUAGCACGACUAGCAACCUUGAAGGAGCUUCCAAACUUUUCAAAUCCACAGAAACGCUUGCCGGAGGACAGCUACACACCAGAGCUGCACAAGAAGCCCNAGAUGGUGCCAACAGUUCUGACCGAGUCAUUCCUUUGACUUCCAAAGACUCAACCAAGAGCAACUUCGCUAUCUCAGAAGGAGAAUUAUCCACUUCCUUCACUCAUCCAAACCAAGCCGGCUCCAGCUCUUCCAAGUUUACUGACCACACAGAUGAGCAGGUCAAUGCUUCGUACAAUGAGUUCGGCACAGCAUCAGUUGCUACAUCCGGUUCAGUUGGAACCAUCACAGCUCCUGUUCCACAAGCUGCUGNUAUCCACUUCCUUCACUCAUCCAAACCAAGCUGGCUCCAGUUCUUCUGA